AUGCCUACUAUAACCAGUUAUUUUGGUUUUCUACUAGCAGCUUUGACUAUCACCUCAGCUCUAUUUAUCGGUCUGAGCAAGAUACGACUUAUUUGA